AAAGAAAAGAAAAAGUGAAGCGAAGUAGCGAAGUGUAAUAGUGUAUAGUGAUAGUGGAACUGAAGUGUUUUUCGAUCUGUUUCUUUAUUGAUGUUGUAACUUUAAAACGAUGUUAAUUUGAAGCUGGUGACAACAUAUUCAUCCCGAUGUUGGACUUAAACCUUUGUUUAUGUAGUUUAUUCAACUUCUCAAUCCAGUUUUGCCAGGAAAGCAUUUCGUGGAUACCGAAGAAAGCUUCAAACAAGUUUGAAGCUUUCGAGGCCGUAUUCAUGGAACUAUGAACCUGGACUCGUUGUCAUUUACUUUGUCACAAAUAAGUUAUUUGGUUGCGAAUUUGUCGAAGAAAAAUUAUAAAUCAAGCAUUCAAGAAAUAUUCCAAUUGGUUGCGUUGCACGGUCUAGAAGCGGACAGACACUUGCUGCGUUGUCUUUUCUCUUACUUGGAUUUAAGCCUCGAGGGCAUCAAAAACCUCUCAAAAGACAACCUUCAGGUCCAACUACUGAUACAGGAGUGUGCUGCGCUUCUAACAAAGCCUGCGCUCAUAUCCAACCUCUGUUACGCCGUCGACAACCCUCUGCACCACCAAAAGAAACCUUCCAACCAACUUCUUCCCCACAUCAGUAAAGCUCUGCGUCUCUCACCAAUACAGGAGGUCACCUUUGGUCUCGCCCUUCUUCACUCGUCCAACAGUGAUACCGUUGUCUUCGCUACUCAUUUUCUGAAGCAAAAAUUACCAGAACUUAUUCGUACUUAUAUCAACUCAGAUACAGCAAAUUCUAGUCUCCCAGAAGGUGGACUUCACGACACGACCCCGGAAGUACUUAAUCUUAUCUUGAAAAGUCUCUUUGGUCCUGGUGAAACGCUAGGUGUUACUCCUGAAACCAAGGAAAUAUUUUUGAAAAAUUUACGAAGAGAUUUCCCUCGAGAGUUGGUGCCUGUUGUGCUAGCUCCACUACUUUACCCCUACAAUUGUGAUCUGCCUAUGGACAAACUGAAUCAGGAUACAUCCAGUAUGGCUAGCACAAUGCUGGAUAGUGCUCUAGCAGACCUAGUAAUGGAGAUAGGCUACCCAUUCACCACGGGUGUGGAGGAGUGCCGUAACCAUCUGGUGACUAUGGGUGCCACCAACAUUAGUGCCGGCGGUGUGGCACGUGUGCUGUCUAUGAUGGUACGCUACCACACCGGACUGAACAGUGCCUACUGGGCUGGCACUACUGACCCGUCCCCGCCCAAGGACAAACCUCCUGAGCCGCCACAACCCUCUGGCUGGAAUGUGGAGGUCUUUGUGCAGACACUCAAGGAAAUGGCACCUAAUCUUCAGUGGAAUGAUGUUAUACUGGAGUUGGACCAUGCAGACUUCUUGGUGAAGGACAGACAAGGGCUGAGUCUGCUGUUUACCACUCUCAGACUGGGACUGCAGGGUCAGGGCUUUCCCCCAGACAGAUUCCCUGUGGAUCUGCUAUACCGUCACUGGAAACACGCUGACUCUCAGCUAUCACUCUUCACACAAAUACUGAAAAAUCCAGACAUCUUCUGUUUUGCUGAUUAUCCAUAUCAUGCGGUUGCAAUUGACAUAUUGAAGACAUUGCCAGAAAAUGACAAUAAGGAAAUUCUAACAUGGAGGUCCCUAGACUUGGUCCAGACCCUUCUGUACUUGUCAGAGAGAGGACUGUACCCUCAAGUCCAAGAGUUACUCAAGUACCCGAUGACCAACUGUCCUGAUGUCCUGGUACUAGCACUACUACAGAUCAACAAUGUAUCGAUGGUGCGUCAAGAGCUUCUGACCAAUCUGAUCCCGUAUUUUCUCACCAAUCAUCCAAACUCAGCGGCAAUCCUUCAUCAUGCCUGGCACUCUCAGAACUCCAUUAAGAACAUCAUCAUGCACGCAAUGGGAGAAUGGUACAUGAGAGGAGAAAAUGAUCAAACUAGACUGACCAGGAUUUUAGAAGUGGCUCAAGAUUUAAAGGCACUUUCCAUGCUUUUGAAUGUCCAAUCUUUCCCAUUCGUGAUUGACCUUGCCUGCUUGGCCUCUCGCAGAGAGUAUCUGAAGCUAGAAAAGUGGUUAAAUGACAAAAUUAGAGACGUCGGUGAAGUUUUUGUCAGUGCAGUGGUCAAGUUUCUACAGCGGAGAUGUCCUUCUAUCAUGGGAGGUAUAAUGAAGGAAGAGAACCUCCCCAAGUCAGCUCAGUUGCUACCUGACACUCUAGCUACAAUCCUUCACUGUCUUCAGACCUGUGUCGCAGGUGGCGGUAUAUCACAGGAGUUGUCUGAGACUGUGAUUGCUAUGGCGACCAACUGCAGCAUGUUGAUGAACAAACCUCGUCAUCCACCAGGAGUGUUAAGGGGAGGACACCGAGGCAUGGAACCUGCCUUUACACCCUUCCCUACACCUCCACUGACUACAGACCCUCUAACCAACCUCAGCAACAGCUUGGCCGGAAUGGGCAUGGGAGGACCUCCUAGCAGCUCGGCCUUCAGUAUUCAGGGAGGACUAGGUCCAUUGGUGUCCACUCCUGGCUCACCAUCACGUCUAAUGGCUCCAUCUCAGUCACCAGCCCCGCCGUUCCCCAUGAUGCCACUGGGGGGUCCCGUAGGCUCACAGGUGGGACCCGGACCUUCACUGGUGGGAGUCACCACCAUGGCCAGGAUAGGUCAGCCUUCCACGGCCACUUCUGCUGCCGCUGUGGACAAGUCACGCCUAGCUGAAACUUCAAACCUGUUCCCGGAAAUGUCUGGAAACGUGUCCAAAGAAAUAGAAGAUGAAGCAAACAGUUAUUUUCAGCGUAUAUACAACCAUCCCCCUCAUCCAACCCUGAGCAUUGAUGAGGUUUUAGAAAUGCUAAAGAAGUUUCAAGAUUCUCCAAACAAAAGAGAAAGGGAGGUAUUCAGCUGUAUGCUAAGAAAUCUGUUUGAGGAGUACAAAUUUUUCCCUCAAUAUCCUGACAAAGAACUCCAUAUAACUGCUCAACUGUUUGGAGGCAUUAUCGAAAGAGGACUUGUCACGAAUUAUGUUGCUCUUGGACUGGCCUUAAGAUUUGUUUUGGAAGCGCUUCGCAAACCCCACGGAAGCAAGAUGUAUUAUUUUGGAAUUGCUGCUCUAGAUCGCUUCAAAAGCCGACUGCGGGAGUACCAAAAGUACUGUGAGCAUGUGUCAAACAUUCCUCACUUCAGGGAGUUUCCGCCACAUCUUGUGGAGUAUGUUGACUACGGGUUGCAAGGUCAGGAGCCACCCACCAGGCCGCAAGGUCCAGUGUUGCCAGCCUCACUAGCUGCUAUGUUGACAGCUGUUACUACUGCAUACAAGACUAUCACUGCCACCACAGUCACCAGCACAACCACCAUCACUGCUGCUAAGGUGGCCACUACGUCAGUUGUACACUCCUCCAGGCCAUCAAUAGCCAAUGCUACCAACAUCGAUACCUUACUUGUUGCUACUGAGAAGGAUGAGAAAAUCAUUUCACCACCAGAAGCAAUGCAAGAUAAAGUCGCUUUCAUAUUUAACAACCUUAGUCAACUUAACUUGCAAACAAAGUGUGAUGAAUUGAGGGAGAUAGUGACGGAGGAGUAUUGGCCAUGGAUAUCCCAGUACUUGGUGAUGAAGAGAGCCAGCAUUGAGCUCAACUUUCACGGUCUUUACUCAAACUUCCUUGACGUUCUCAAAAUACAACCUGUCAACGACAUGGUGCUAAAGGAAACUUACCGUAACAUCAGGGUGUUGCUGAGAUCUGACAAAGGAAUCGCCAACUUCUCCGACCGUUCCCUCCUGAAGAACCUUGGCCACUGGCUGGGCAUGUUGACCCUCGGACGUAGUUUGCCCAUCUUGCAACUAGACCUGGAUCUCACUUCCUUACUAAUAGAAGCCUACAACAAGGGCCAGCAGGAGCUGCUCUAUGUUGUACCGUUUGUUGCUAAGGUCUUGGAAUCCUGCGCUAAGAGCAAGGCGUUUAAACCUCGAAACCCCUGGACUAUGUCUAUCAUGAACGUAUUGGCAGAGUUGCAUCAAGAACCUGACCUCAAGCUCAAUCUCAAAUUUGAAAUCGAAGUACUUUGCAAGAAUCUGUUGCUCGAUGUUGCUGAUCUUAAGCCAGCAGAUAUCCUGAAGAACCCGUUGUCCAUCAAGACCAUAGAACACCAGCUGUCUCCUCCGAAACCCAAGACUGACGCUCCGUCCACUCCAGCUCUGAUUAACCCACCUCAGACACCACAGCAUGUGGUUGGAGAGGAUCUCAGUGGGAUGGUGGUGGUUAGCAGCACCCCUGCCCCUGUCUCUACCCCUACCCCGACACUGGUGCCAACAAACCCUCCGGAGCCACGCUUCAGCUACGCAGCUCUCAACACUGCAAACAUAACCAGCAUCGCUCCUCUCAUCACCAUCAACAGUCAGCUGGCCCUGUUCCAAGCCCAUCCUCAACUAAAGCAGAUGGUGAGGCCAGCAAUUGAACGAGCAAUCGCAGAGUGGAUCAACCCUGUUGUUGAGCGAUCUGUCAAAAUAGCCAUCACCACCUCUGAGCAAAUUGUUAAAAAGGACUUCUCUCUGGACGCAGAUGAGGUACGAAUGAGAGCCGCAGCCCACCACAUUGUACGCAACUUGACUGCUGGAAUGGCUAUGAUUACUUGUAGAGACCAACUGUUGCUGUCCAUCAACUCCAACCUCAAGACUGUCUUCCUCAGUAACCUGAUGUCAGCCAAUCAGCAACAGAAAGACAUGGUAGAGCAGGCAGCUACAGUCACGGCCCAGGAUAACAUGGAGCUGGCUUGUGCUUUUAUACAGAAGACAGCCAUUGAGAAGGCAACACCUGAGGUUGACAAACACCUGAUCACUGAAUAUGAGAGACGCAAGCACGCUCGUGCAGAAGGACGCCGCUACUGUGACUCUGCUGUGCUGACGUACCAGGCAGAGCGCAUGCCAGAGCAGAUCCGUCUCAAGGUCGGAGCAGUCACACCGCAGCAGAUGGUGGUUUACGAGGAGUUUGCCCGCAACAUCCCAGGCUUCCAGCCACUCUCGGAGCGUGAUGCUGCUGUGUUCAUUCCCAAACCUGUACCGGAACCAAUUUCGGUUGUCUCAACAUUCCAGAGUGCUCCUGCUCAGAUGGUUUUCAACGCUGGGGACGAAUUCAGCGUUGUUUACGAGAAACACGCAGCAGAACUGGACCAUCUGAUGCAAGCCAUCAUAUCGUCAAACCAAGGUGGAGUGUUGGGACCAAACAGCAACAGUCAGGUGACCAACAUUGCUGCGAUCAUUGACUACUUGAUGUUGGCACGGCGCACACGUGAAGCUCUGCCCACCGUCACUCUCAUACAGAAGAUUGUAGAAGGACUGCUGGACCAGAGCUUCUUGCCCAAUGAACCAGAGUUGGCCCUUCGAUACAGAGAGAUCUUGCUGCGUAUUCUCAAGUGUCUACAAGACCCUCGACUCUACGGCAGCAAGUGGGUCAGCAACCAGGUGACCAGAUACUUGACUGAGUGCAGGGAAGAAUACCGAUACAACUUGGAAGGUAUAGAUCUGCUGAUUCGCUCCCAGGUUGUGAACAUUCAGCAAUACGACCAUCACCUCAGCCAGCUGAUGGAGAAUGGAGGCAACUACAUUGCAAUGGCAUUUGCCAUGCAGCUGGUUCAACACUACUUUAUAGACGACAAACACAACUCACCUGUCAAUGAUAGUGAUCUUUGCAACGUCAUUGAUACAUUGGCUCGCAUUUCGUCUCAGUCUCGCCAACCUCCUGAGGGGUUGGUCAACCUGAUAGAGAUGUUGAAGGCAAGUCAUGAUCAGAACUUGUUGGCUGACAGAUCACCUGCUGGGCCUACUGCUCACAUCCACUCUGGCAUUCUACAAGUAAGGGCUCGUGACUAUGAUGACCCUCCUGGCUUGAUGGAAAAGACUGACUUCCUACUGAGAGAAUGGGUGACAAUUUACAACUCCACAUCCGGCAGUAAGGACCCAAGCAAGGCUUUCAGCAUGUUCGUUCACCAGAUGAACUGUCACGGUAUACUGAAGACUGACGAUUAUAUUACAAGAUUCUUCCGCCUGAGCACUCAGAUGGUGGUGGAGCUGUGUUACCAGAAUAUUCCUCAGUCCGGCCAGACAACUGUCCGCAACAAGAUCUUCCACACCAUUGAUGCCUACGUCAAACUCAUCGCAUUGCUAGUCAAACACUCUGGCGAUUCCACCAACUCUUCUACCAAGAUAAACUUGUUGAACAAAGUGCUGGGCAUUGUGGCGGGAGUGCUGCUUCAAGACCAUGAGAGUCAUCAACUAGAGUUCCAGCAGCUACCGUACCAUCGUAUCUUUAUAAUGCUCUUCUUGGAACUCAACGCACCUGAACCCAUCUUGGAGGCUAUCAACUACCAGUUCAAGGAAAUCUGA